GGUAAUCCGCAUGUGCCUAAUGCGCAUUCAACCAUUCCAUUUCCUUUUGAUCCGAUUUGGACACAGAACAUAUUUUUCCAGCGUAAAAAUAUAGUCGUUCAUCUGACAACAUCCUUAGCUGCAGUUUGUAGAAAGCAACAAAAAAACAACACUAAAAAUGGCUGAACAAUUGGAAGAAACUCACUUCGAGACCGGAGAUGCAGGCGCAUCCGCCACAUUUCCCAUGCAAUGCUCAGCUUUACGCAAAAACGGAUUUGUCAUGUUGAAAAGUCGUCCCUGCAAAAUUGUCGAGAUGUCUACAUCGAAGACUGGCAAGCACGGACAUGCCAAAGUUCAUUUGGUUGGAAUCGAUAUUUUUACUGGAAAGAAAUAUGAAGAUAUUUGCCCAUCUACCCAUAAUAUGGAUGUACCACAUGUUAAGCGUGAAGAUUAUCAAUUGACUGACAUCGAUGAAGACUUUUUGGUUCUUAUGAAUGACAAUGGCGAUUUGCGAGAAGAUCUUAAGAUUCCAGAAGGCGACUUGGGCGUUCAAUUGAAGAAAGAUUACGAUGAUGGAAAAGAAUUAAUGUGCACCGUUCUUAAAUCAUGUGGUGAGGAAUGUGUCAUUGCCAUCAAAAACAACACAGCUCUAGAUAAAUAAGGUUUGCCUGCGAAAUUUAGAGACCAUCAAAUAAUAAAAUAAAAAAAGCAACUUUACUACCACAUCAAAAAAGCAACAUAAUAAUUUAAAAAAAAGAAAAAGUAAAACUACUUUGUCAUUCUUAUAAAAUUGAAAGCGAAAAAUAAAAUGGAAAAAAAUUAUAAAAAUUGCGAAAAAUUCUUAUCAACAACGUAGCGAGAAACAAAAAUUGAUAUGAGAUGGAAAACAAUAAUAAUAUUGCAAUCGUCGAAUUUUAGAAGAACAACAAAAAAAGAA